CCCAAACUAAACUUUCAGAGUAGACUGAGAAAAUUAUGGUACUACGUGGCAAACUGAAGUCAGACACUCUGUUCCUGAUUGAAGAAGUGUACAAAUCAUGGAAACUCUGAAUUUAUCAAGGCUAACAUUUGAAGUUUCUUUGCCCACAAUAUCCUCUGAGAGGAAUGCUUUGCUAAACAACCGAGGGAUGCUGACGAACAGUUCUACCUCCCAUUAGAGAUAUCAUCAUUCUAAUGCUUUCCCGAAAGAAGGAACAUAAAUUCUCAAGAUGGGGAGUAACAGCACCAACAGCACAAGAACAAAGUGCACUGAUCUUCAAAUGUCGUUUCAAUACUCACUCUAUGCUACCACCUAUAUCCUUAUAUUCGUCCCUGGUCUUCUGGCCAACAGUGUGGCCUUGUGGGUUCUGUGCCGCUUCAUCAGUAAGAAAAAUAAAGCCAUCAUUUUCAUGAUCAACCUCUCCGUGGCUGACCUUGCUCACGUGCUGUCCUUGCCCCUCCGGAUUUACUAUUACAUCAGCCACCACUGGCCGUUCCAGAGAGCUUUGUGCCUGCUGUGUUUCUACCUGAAGUAUCUCAACAUGUAUGCCAGCAUUUUCUUUCUCACGUGCAUCAGUCUUCAGAGGUGCUUCUUUCUCCUCAAGCCCUUCAGAGCCAGAGACUGGAAGCGUAGAUACGACGUGGGCAUCAGUGUGGCCAUCUGGGUCGUCGUGGGGACUGCCUGCCUGCCAAUUCCUAUUCUGAGAAGUGCUGGUUUAGCCAACAACACAGAAUUCUGCUUUGCUGAUUUAGGCCUGCACAAUAUCAGCAUGGCUUCCUCGAUUGGCAUGGUAACUGCAGCAGAACUUGGAGGGUUUAUAUUGCCUGUUGUAAUUAUUACUUGCUGCACUUGGAAAACAAGAAAAUCUUUACAAGAAGUUCAAAUCCCCCCUCAGAACACCAAAGAGAGGAAAAAAGCUCUGAGGAUGGUCCUGAUGUGUGCAGUGGUGUUUAUUGUCUGUUUCACCCCAUAUCAUCUUAACUUUCCAUUCUUCAUGAUGGUGAAGCAAGAAGUCUUUUCGAAUUGCUCCUUUAUUAAGAUUACUUUAUGUUUGCAUAUCAUUUCCCUGUGUCUUGCUAAUUUGAAUUGCUGUCUUGAUCCAAUUAUAUAUUAUUUUAUGACCUCAGAAUUUCGUGAUCAGUUUUCAGAACAUGGUGGCUUAGUUUUUCAGUCAUGUAUAAGAUGUAAGGACAGUGCUUUGGAAAUUCACCAGAGGCAAGAAGAUCUUCAGACCAUUUCUCUUGAAUGUUUGGAGGAUUCUAACACAAUGUAAUCACAUAAUUUGUUAAAGAGAUCUACAUACUCUGUUGAUUUAGCUAUGUACCUGUGAAGACAUUUUCUUUAAAAAUGGUAUUCCUGAGUGAUUUAAUAAAAUAUGGGCUGUCUCCUUCCCUUAAUCACAAAAAAAUGAUAAUUCUGAAGGAACAAUUUGUGCCUGUUUGUGAAAAUGAAAAUGCAUUGUCCUGCGGAACAUGUCAGAAGAUAUCUUUCUUUACAAAAAUGAUGAGCAACAGAAUGAGUUGCACACCUGUUCAUCAACAAGGAGUUUGAUUUUUUUCACCCUCUCUUAAGUGAAAAAAAAAACAUGAAUUGAAUGUGUAGUUAUGGACUAAUUUCCCAUUGAAAAUGACAUAUCAGAUACAUAUAAGCCUAACAUUAUUUACAAAGUGUGUAUUACUUUGAACAAAACAGGUUAAGGAGGAAAGGGAUUUUAACAUCAAUAGGAGUUAUGAAAAUUAACAACCUUAUAACUUAGAAUAACAGAUUUUGUUCUUUCCACAGGUAAAUAAACAAUUCACAUGAAACCCAAAUACGUCAAAUGUUUCAUGGAAUUGGCACACAACACAUGGUUUAAACACAAAAUAAAA